AUGGUGUACCCGGGGCACCCUGGCGCUGGCAGCGGGUACUACCCGGGUGGGUACAGAGGGGCACGAGGGCCUAAGUUUCCUGGACAAACUCAGGAUCCACUCUAUGGUUACUUCUCUGCUGUAGCUGGACAGGAUGGACAAAUAGAUGCUGAUGAAUUACAGAGAUGCCUUACCCAGUCAGGCAUUGCUGGAGGAUACAAACCUUUUAACCUGGAGACUUGUUGGCUGAUGGUUUCCAUGGUGGAUAGAGAUAUGUCUGGCACAUUGGGGUUCAAUGAGUUUAAAGAACUCUGGACUGUUCUGAAUGGCUGGAGACAACACUUCAUCAGUUUCGACAGCGAUAGGAGUGGAACAGUGGAUUCUCAAGAAUUGCAGAAGGCCCUGACAACGAUGGGAUUUAGACUGAGUCCCCAAACUGUGAAUUCAGUUGCAAAACAAUAUAGUACCAGUGGCAAGAUCACCUUCGAUGACUACAUCGCCUGCUGUGUCAAACUGAGGGCUCUCACAGAUAGCUUUCGAAGACGGGAACUGAGGGUUCUCACAGAUAGCUUUCGAAGACGGGAUACUGGUCAGCAAGGUGUUGUGAAUUUCUCAUAUGAUGAUUUCAUUCAAUGCGUCAUGACUGUUUAAUUCAAAAGGAAGCAGCAUGAACAUAAUCGACAUUCCAACUGGAGUUCGCAUUUGCUUACUCUUUGCCUUCAGUAACGCGUGCAAAUG